AUGGCAGCCGUCCUAACGGGAAGUGGGGACCACACGUUCAUCUUAAGCCUGCAUGAGGCGGAUAAACCGUCGAUCCCUAGCGACCUUAGCACUGAAAUCCGCAAACUAUUGGCCAGAAUUCGCGCUAAUGGGGGUACUCCUGCCGAUCUCAAGGCCAAAAGUGGGUGUCAGAGGGAAAACACCUGGCGCCUCGGUUCAGGGUCGGUUCGUGAGGGUCUUACCGUGGAGGGUUCAGGGCCCGUUCAGGGGCAGUUCUCCACCGAGUCUUUAUCUUGGUUUGGUCCCUGA